GAACUGUCAUUAGUGUCAAAUUUAAUUGAAAUUGUGUGCGCAUUUUAGUUCGAAUUUAUAUGAAUUUUAUUUAAAUAAUCGCUGAAGUCUUUGCCUUGUAAGUAGCGUUACAGAUAAAUGUUACAAUGCUUUUGCACAAAGUGUUCCAUGGAUCUACUGGGAAGUUACUGAUCUCAUGUGUUAACCCUUUAAUUACAUGCAGUUCUGCAGUCAGGCUAAAGCACACAAAAGAUGAUCUCACAGAACACCGAGCCAAAGUAAUGGGCCGUGGGCUACCGGAGCGCAAGCCCCUGCCUGGAGUCAAAUGCAUCAUCCUCGUGGCUUCAGGCAAAGGAGGAGUGGGCAAGACCACCACAGCUGUGAAUCUCGCAUGUGCAAUGAAGGUGAUAGAGCCCGACAAAGAGAUAGGGCUGCUAGACGCCGACGUCUUCGGCCCGUCCGUGCCUCUCAUGAUGAACAUCAGUGGGGAGCCCAUGCUCAACGACGAUAACCUCAUAGAGCCACUAUUGAAUUAUGGUGUCAAAUGUAUGUCAAUGGGCCUGCUAGUAUCGGGCGAGAACGCGGUAGUGUGGCGCGGUCUGAUGGUGAUGCAAGCGCUGGAGAGACUGACGCGGCACGUGGCGUGGGGCCCGCUCGACUGCCUCAUAGUGGACACGCCGCCUGGGACUGGCGACACGCACUUAUCCCUGGCGCAGAACUUGCCUAUUGACGGAGCGCUUGUCGUAACUACACCGCAAUCGGCCGCCCUACAAGUCACCAAACGAGGCGUGAACAUGUUUGAGAAACUAAAGGUGCCCCUAAUAGGCAUGGUCGAAAAUAUGUCGCACGCGAUAUGCACCAAGUGCGGCACAAAGAACUUCGUGUUCGGUAACGAGACGAAGAAGAGCGCUGACCAAAUGGGCCUAGAAAUAAUUGAGAGCUUCGAAGUGGAUCAAAACAUGUCGGACUGCAUCAACAGCGGGAAGCCAGCCAUAUAUGCCCUCCCCGAUAGCAUACACGCUGAGAAGUACCGGCAUCUAGCGAAUAAAGUGUUCAAGUACAUAGAAGAUAAGGAUAAUGAACAAGCAAAAGCGAAAGAACAGUAGGACUGCACAAUUUUACACUAGUAGUUGUUUUAUUUAAUUAUUUACAAAUAAAUGUUUUAUCAAGUUAUUUCUCCUUUAUUACCCGAUUUAAACUCGAAGUCAUUGAUCAGAGAUUCAUAGGCACAUAAACAUUAUAAGGUGAAAAAAUAAAACAUAACAUCAAUAUUAUGUAAAAUUUAUUCGGAACAAAUUGUUUUACUUAGGAAUCCAACUUCUAUGGCCAAAUUAAAUAAAUAAAAAAUACUAUAAAAAUAUUCUUGUCUUUUAAAUACUUCCAUAAUGUAGAAAGGAAAUGACUUAUGCAUGUAAAUAUUAUAGAUUUAGAGAAGUAUAUACAAUCGUGAUGCCAGGUUACGUAAUGUCAUAAGUAUCAAAGAAAAUUUAAUCCAGUUCAUUAACAACAUUAGGUCCAUUACAGGGAUUCCCACAAUCGGCAGGUUCUCAGUCAAUAAGUACAAAAUGCUAUAUUUACAUUGACAUCACAAUAGGUAGAAAAAACAAUUCGGAAUGAAACGUUUACAACAUCAUAAAAAACAAAAGCCGUCUGCCGCGGCGCUUGUCAUCACGCGAGGCGCGGCAGGCGGCCCAGUCACAGAACAUACACUUACAUGCGAAUAUAAUAACAUUCCUCUACGAAAAUAUCACUCCUAUGUGUGGUGGAAGUAAAAUUAUGCUAUAUUCAAGUUAAACAGUGCCCCGACCGAACUUUGUUUAUUGUGAAGUUUUUACCUGAAACCAUUUGUAGUUCGUACAGAAUUGUACCUUAUUUUGCUAUGAUUUUUUCUAUACUAAAACGCUCUGGACACGGUCCGACUUGAAAAUAGAUUAAAGGUGCAGGCGCACUCGAGGAGCGUAGCGAAGAAAGUAGUCGUUAAAAGUUGAGCUGAUCCUGCACUAUCCAACUAAAGUGCGCCUCCACCUUCGCACUGCAACUAUGGGUCGGUGCUCUGGUUGUCUGAUAUUGUCUAGGGCGCCGAUCUCACUCGCGACACAAUUUCAAAUCCGCCUCGAUUUUAAUGUUGCACGACACGUAAUAAUAAUUAUAGAGCGUCAGAAUUCACAAUUACUGUCACAUGAAUAAUAUAGAUAGAAAAAA